CCGUGCAGGUGCAGCCCGAACCGCUCUCUCUCAGUUUGAACUGCGAAGCACGCCGAAAGCCCCCGUCGCCUCCACUCGCCACCGCCCAAAGCCCUAGCCCUAGCGUCUCGCCGCGACGUUCCCUCCUCAUCUCCGGCGAGCUCAGCCCUUCCACACCCGCGCGCGGCCGCCGCCUCCGAUCAAAUGUCGAGCCGGGUCUCCGGCCGCCGCUCGUCGGCGUCGGCCACGGCGGCGAGCACCGGCUCUAGAGCCCCCAAGGCGACAUCCAAGGAGAAGAAGCGGGUCGCGCUCGGGAACCUCACCAACGUCGGCGGCGGGAAGGCCGGCGCGGCCGAUGCGGAAUUGAGGUCUUCCAACUCAGUAGCGUAUGUGAAGAAGGGGAGUAUUGCGAGCCUUCCCAGUGUGAACAAGGAAUGGGGUUCUGUCACAAAACCAACUUCAAGCCAGUUUGAUCGAGCAAUAGCACACCACGGCAGUGCUCUUCCGAAGGAGAAUGCUUGUUGCCCUUAUGCACCUGACAUUGUGCCAACGUCGGUGCCCCCUGGCAGCUUGCCUGGUCUGUCUGAUGAUUCUGUUUCUAUGGAGGUGGAAAACCCUGAACUUAAAUACCUUGAUAAUCCUGAAUCUUCAGCGGCAGAUUCCUUGCAGCGUCGUGCGAAUGAUAAGCUCCAUAUAUCUGACAAUAGGGAUUUCACAGUAUCCAGCUGGAGUUGCCCCACCCCAAUGGAAAAUGACAACACCUUUGACAUUGACGCAAACUACGAGGAUCCACAACUGUGUGAACCUCUUGCUUGUGAUAUUUACAAGCACUUGCGGGAAGCUGAGACCAAGAAAAGGCCUUCACCAGAUUUUGUGGAAACCACCCAGAAGGAUAUUGACACAAGCAUGAGGGCAAUACUCAUAGACUGGCUUGUGGAAGUCACAGACGAGUAUCGUCUUGUUCCUGAAACCUUAUACCUCACAGUCAGUUACAUCGAUCGGUACCUUUCUCACAAAGAGAUCAGUCGGCACAAGCUGCAGUUACUUGGUGUUUCCUGCUUGCUUAUAGCUGCUAAACAUGAAGAGAUAUGUCCACCCCAAGUAGAGGAGCUCUGCUACAUUACUGACAAUACAUACAUGAAGGAUGAGGUUUUGCAAAUGGAAGCUUCUAUCCUGAGUUGCUUGAAGUUUGAGAUGACUGCACCUACAGCAAAAUGUUUUUUGAGGAGAUUUUUACUAGUUUCUCAAGUAUGCCAUGAGGGCUCAGCUUUGCAUCUUGAGUUCCUAGCCAGCUACAUUUCCGAGUUAUCACUUCUGGAGUACAGCUUACUUUGCUAUGUACCUUCACUGAUAGCUGCCUCUUCUAUUUUCUUGGCAAACUUUAUCCUUAAGCCAACCAAGAAUCCUUGGAACACCACUCUUUCUUAUCACACUCAAUACGAGCCAUCCGAGUUACAUGAUUGUGUAAAGGUACUGCACCGGCUUUUUCGUGUUGGCCCUGGAAGCAAGCUCCCUGCAAUUAGAGAAAAGUACAGCCAACACAAGUACAAAUUCGUAGCGAAGAAGUACUGCCCACCAUCAAUUCCAGUCGAGUUCUUCCAAGAUGCUAGCAAUUAGAAGCCCAGAUUGGUUCUGGUUACUCACUGAAGUCUUCCCAUGGCCGGUGGCCCCAAGUUGCUAGACUGAUAUGUACAGAUUGCUGUGCAUGCAGGACAUACAUACACACUUGUUGUUAGCUGAUCGGUAAUGUUGUACAUUGUAGGCGAAAUGUGCAACUGUGUUCAUUUGCUUGAGAGGUGGCAAUGUUCGUGUUGGGGUUUGUGCCUUGUCCCAACAUAUAAUGCUUAGCUGCUGUUCCGUUUUGAAAAAAAAAAACUUAGCUGGUGUAGUCUUUUUUGUAUGUAAUGUACAUCAUAGUUCAGUCAUAUCUGAUAACACCUUGCUUGUUUGA